AUCACGUCAAAUCGUACUACACGGCGCGUGUUGAAUAAUAAAUAAUAAUAAAAUUUAAAAUUUCUUCUGGCCAUUUCUAUGGUAUUCACAGUUGCAUACCAACUCUCGCAUUUGUACAUUAAUGGCAAUUCAUAUUUGUUAGCCCAUAAUCUUUUAUUUAUUUAUUAUUUAUUAUUCUUUUUCUUAUUAUUUUAUUAUUUUUCCACUCCGAUUCUCUCUCCUUUCCUUUUUCACUCUCUCUCUCUCUCGCUUUCAGUUUUCCACUCUCUCUCUCUCUGAAAUUCUCCGUCUCCGUUCACUGUGCUUGACGAACUUUAUCUCAUAUUUGUUCUUUGUUUUUCGCCAUUGAAGACCCAUUAACAGUUCAUACUCUACGCAAUUUUCAUCUUUCUUUUCCUAAUUUUUCUGUUUCUUCUUCGUAUUAUUGCGUACAAUGAGCGAACCAGAGGAGAGGAUUUCCGGCUUAGAUCCAGCGUUCGCGGGUUAUGGUAUGGACUCUGGAAAAUGCAGCAGCAAGAUGAGUAUGGAAAAGAAAAAGGAAAUAAUUCAUGAGAUUGCCCAAAAGUCCAAAGCCGCUACUGAAAUCCUUAGGUCUUUUACCCGCAGGGAGCUACUUGAGAUCAUCUGUGCUGAAAUGGGGAAAGAAAGGAAGUACACAGGGUAUUCGAAAUCUCAAAUGAUAGAGCAUCUUCUGAAGUUGGUUUCUCAGAAAUCUGAGAGGAGUAGUAGUACUACUCUUGCCUUUUUACUAGACAAAACUCAAAUGAGCCAUAAGAGGCCCCGAAACACAGACCGAUCUUCUGUCGUGCUUUUGAAUUCAAAUAAUAAUGCUUCCUUGGAGGCUGAUGAGGAAUUUGCUGAAGUCAAACUUUGUCAGAAUGUAGCUUGCAAAGCACCUCUAAAUCCAGAGUUUGCUUUUUGCAAAAGAUGUUCAUGUUGCAUCUGCCAUUGUUAUGAUGAUAACAAGGAUCCAAGUCUUUGGCUGACCUGUGGCUCUGACCCUUCCAAUGAGAACGAUUUUUGUGGAAUGUCAUGUCAUUUGGAGUGUGCCCUGAAGCAUGAAAGGUCUGGAAUUGUGAAGAAUAGUCUCCGUGAAAAAUUAGAUGGAAGUUUUUACUGUGUCUCAUGUGGAAAGAUCAAUGGAUUGAUGGGAAGUUGGAGAAGACAAUUGCUAAAUGCAAAGGAGGCCAGAAGAGUGGAUGUACUAUGUCUAAGAUUAUCCUUGUGUCACAAGAUUCUUGUAGGGACAAAUCUAUACAAAGAAGUGCAUAAAACUGUAGAAUUGGCUGUGAAUAUGCUGACAAAUGAAGUGGGGCCCCUAGAUGAGGUUUGCUUAAGGAUGGCUAGGGGUAUUGUCAAUCGGCUAUCCUGUGGUGCUGAGGUCCAGAAACUGUGUGCUUCUGCUGUGGAGGCCUAUGAUUCUAUGUGUUGUGCCCCCUACAGAGAUUGUAUGCAAAAGAGAGAGACAUUGAACUGUGAGAUCCUAUUUGAAGAUUCUUCCCCUACCUCUGUGAUGGUUGUUCUCCAAUACGAUGAUCAUCUGUUAAAAGACUUCUUAGGCUGCAGGCUUUGGCAUCGUAAAGCCAACACGGAGCAUUAUCCGGACCAGCCAUCUUUCAUUGCAUUGAAGCCAGAAAAGAAGUUCAAGAUCAAUAGCCUCUUUCCUUCAACUGAGUACUACUGCAAGGUGUCUUUAUUUAGUAGCACACAAGUUUUUGGUGUUUGGGAAGCCAAAUGGGUAACGCCCAAAUUAUCAACGCCAUGUCCAGCUUUGGUGAAGCAUAGAAAUGGAGAAAUUAGGAACAUUGAUCUACUUCAUUCUCGGGUGGAUUCAAACGACAACGGGACAAAUCUUCAUCCAUUGGAUGGACUCUACAAGAGCAAAUGUGAGAGACUUUACAAAAACCCCUCUCCAAAGAACUCAAUCACUUCAAUGAAACCGACAUCCGUUUGUCCUUCCACACCUUGUAAAAUAAGCGAGACGCGCAUCCUACUCGGUUUGAAUUGCAAAAGGAGAACCGAAGAAUCCGACUAUGAUUAUUCCGUUAGAAUGGUGAAGUGGCUAGAGAAUGAAGGGUACAUCGACAUGGACUUUCGAGUGAAGUUCCUGACUUGGUUCAGCUUGAAAGCAUCAGGGAAAGACAGAAGAGUUGUUAGUGCCUUUAUCGAUGCGUUGAUCGACGACCCGCCUAGCUUGGCAGGACAGCUGAGCCAUACCUUCAUGGAUGAGAUUUUCUGUAACCAGAAACCGGCUUCUAAGCAUGAAUACAGCAAUUGGAUAUGGCGUUAAGCUUUUCUGGGUAGUGUAGGCUAUCUCUUAAAAGAUUUGAACAUAACAAUAUCUUGGGCUAGUGUGAAGCAAGCAAAGUAUUGUAGGCCUUUUUUGUGACUUACUGGCUGGCUGGCUGCUUUGGUUAGUCAGUUUCCCCCGAGCAAUACACGUGAAGCUCAUGAGAUUUUACUUUCAA